AUGGGUAUCAGUGUCCUUUGGAAGGCUCCGGCCAUCAACCCAGUGAACCGAAAGGCUCUUUCCGUACCAGUGUUCAACCCGGUAAACAUGUACGGACGGACGUUCUUCUUCUCGACAUUCGGUUUCCUGAUCGCGUUCCUAUCUUGGUACGCGUUUCCUCCAUUGAUGACCAAAACCAUCAAAGGAGACCUCCAUCUUUCCCAAAACGAGAUAGCGAACUCGAAUAUCCUGGCCUUGACUGCAACUCUCGUGGUGCGCGCACUGGUGGGGCCGCUCUGUGAUCGUUAUGGCCCGAGAUAUGUCUUCGCUGCAAUUCUUUUCGCUGGUGCGAUUCCCACAGCUCUUGCUGGAACCGUUACCAACGCCACUGGUCUGCUCAUUCUGCGAUUCUUCAUUGGUAUCCUGGGUGCAUCCUUCGUUCCUUGCCAGGUAUGGAGUACCGGAUUCUUCGACAAAUCUGUGGUUGGAACGGCGAAUGCUCUCAUGGCCGGUCUCGGAAACGCCGGUGGUGGAAUCACAUACUUCGUUAUGCCCGCUCUUUUCGACUCCCUCGUCACGCAACGAGGCCUUACCCCGCACGUCGCCUGGAGAGUUUCCUUCAUCGUUCCGUUCAUCUUGAUUACUGCGACCGCAGUGGGAAUGCUCCUCCUUUGCGAGGAUACCCCAACCGGCCCAUGGAGUGAGCGUCAUCUCCACGCACACCAGACGGCACACCAGGCCGCAAUCGAGGGAAAGAUCGUGGACGCAACUGGCCAUAUCACCGAUCUACCCACUUCCGAUGACAAAUCUGCACGCUCGGAUAUUGUGGACGAGAAGGUCAAGGAUGUCGAGGCCCACAAGGCCGGAAUCGAUGCCGAGAAGGUGGAGAAGAUUGCGGAGAGCGAGAUCGUUCAAGCACCCACAUUCAAGGAAGCCAUGGGCGUUAUCUUCAGUUUGCAGUGUCUUUUGCUCUCGGCGCCGUACGCUUGCUCUUUCGGUGGAGAACUCGCCAUCAACAGUAUUCUCGGUGCCUAUUACAACAAGAAUUUCCCCUCUCUGGGACAGACCAAGUCCGGACAAUGGGCUGCGAUGUUCGGUCUCGUCAAUGUUUUCUUCCGUCCUGCUGGUGGAAUCAUCGCGGAUAUCAUCUACCGCGCGACCAAGGGCUCUAUCGUAGCCAAAAAGUUCUGGCUCAUCUUCGUCGGUGUGGCCAUGGGCUGUCUGUGCGUCGUCAUCGGCUUUUUGGACAGCAAGGACCAUGCCACCAUGGUCGGUCUGGUCGUUUUCAUGGCCUUCUUCAUGGAUGCUGCCAACGGUGCGAACUUUGCAGUGGUCCCCCAUGUCUUCCCUCAUGCCAACGGUAUCCUUUCCGGCGUCGUCGGUGCCUGCGGUAACCUCGGAGGUAUCGUUUUCGCCAUCAUCUUCCGAUACAACAGCACCAAUUAUGGCCAGUCCAUCUGGCUCUCGGGAGUAAUCAUGAUCGCCAUCAACCUGAGUGUGUCGUGGAUCCGACCUAUCCCUAAGGGACAGCUGAGCCAGUAG